UCCAGAACCCUCUCCAGCAAAAGAUCAACAGACAAAAAAACACCCAUCAGUUAGACGGCAGAUCAAAAAGUAGCAACGGGGUGGAAGCGGCACAGAGAUCCGGUCUGUUCAUUUUAGUCAGUGGGUGCUCCCAAGGACUGAGAUCUCACAGGAACUACCUAACAUCACAUCAGCCGGUCUGGCCGCCAGAGUCCGCAGGGCAACUUUAACCAAGCAUCAAUAUAAAGGUUCAGCAGCGAGUCCCCCGCAAUGUCUUUGCCACGGACCCUUGGUGAACUGCAGCUGUACCGUGUCCUGCAGAGGGCCCAUCUGCUGCCCUAUUAUAAUACCUUCAUCCAGCAGGGAGGGGAUGAUGUGCAGCAGCUCAGUGAGGCGGAUGAGGAGGAGUUCCUGGAAAUCAUGUCCCUGGUUGGCAUGGCGACGAAGCCUCUCCAUGUGCGAAGGCUCCAGAAGGCCUUGCAGGAGUGGGUCGUGAACCCAGCCGUUUUCAACCAGCCUCUGGCCUCUGUUCCCCUCAGUAGCUUCUCUGCGUCGAAACUGAUUAAUGCAUCUUCACGGGAGUCAAAGAAGAGACCGGUCAGCAGCAGCAGAGGCGCUACUCCUGCAAAGCAAGGCAAACAUUUGCAGAGUUUCAGCACUGCAUCAGCAAGGAGCAUCAGCCCCAAAUCCCCAUCCGAUGGGAGGGAGGAUUUCUCAGUGCAGUUUCCUGGUGAAGAGUGCCAACCGCCAGAACCUGACAGCAGCGUCCCAGGGAACGACCCCACAUCUCCCCGAGAGAGCCCCACCCAACUGGGCACAGCGCAGACGAUUACGGACAGCGUCCGGCACACGAUGAAGACUUUCCCCAAAUGUUACCCCGAUGAAUUUUUGAAACUGAAUAAAAAGUUUGCAAAAUCUGUCGGUCUCAUCUUCCGAACGGAUGACAAUAAUAAUCCCGCGAAGGAGGAGGAUAUCUGGAAGUCCGGUGGGCGAUCCGAGUGGAAGCGCGGGAACAGCAGGCAGCUGUCAAAAUACGAGUUGACCAGCAAUGAGGCGACUGUUCCGUUUUGCACGGUGGAUGGCAACUUACUGAUCGGGAGAGUCGAUUUUCUUUCACUGGCUCAACUGGUGGCUCUGAGGCAAGCACGAUUAAACUCAGAUGAAGUUCAUGGUCCCACUGUGAAGAAUAUGAAACUUGAGCACCACCUAGAAUCUGACUUGAAGCACGCAAUGCUGAUACAGAGUCAAACAGAAUUGAUCAAACACCAAGGGAAAGCUUCAGCAGGGUCCAGAUGCGACAAAGAGGAGGAUACUGGCAGCCUAUUCAGGGAUAGUCUCUCUGGACAAAUGCAAGAAGCAGAAACUGGGGAAUAUCUGAAAGGUAACUAACUGCCAAUCAGCUUCUAUUAUCAUUGAGAAGGUACUGAACACAGUGAAAAAGAGAGCAGGAAGACAGUGAAAUAAUGAAACCAAAGGACUUAAUAAACCAUAAAAGUAAAAGCUGCAGCAAACGGAUGUGAACAUGACCACAUCAGGAUUUAAUGCUCACCAUUUUCUCAGAUCUCUCAGGGAAUGCAAGGACCUACACCGUGCAGCAAAUUGGAAGUUAAGUCCUCCACUUCAAUUUGAUAUUUGUCUAAUUCUACUUUUGGAAAAUGGCAAAUGCGGCCUGUGGUGCCACUGCACUGUGGAUUGGACAGAUCAGGUGCUUCUGUAAAUGAGAUCUGGGCCAUUCCGCAAGAAUCCUGCUCCAUUCCAAGUUCACAUUUAUCCAUUGCUGUUCUUGUACAGAGAUGUUUGAGCUUCCACACUGACAAGUCAGGUCUUUAUUACUGUCGAUUUGUACAGAGUUUCCCUCUGCUAAUGGUUAGCUGAAAGUGAUUGGAAGGAGAAAGAGUUGGUUCUGGAUUUUCAGUAAGACUGAAGUUAGCAAUAGGGUAUUCCAACACCCAACAGAGAUGAUAUAGGUCUGUAUGAUUCACUUCAUACUUCGCAGUAUGUUUACUGACUGUACUUUAAGGGGGACUUGAACCUGUGUUGAAGGAUAAUUAAUUAAUAUUUAAGAGACCAGAAUUCAUGGCGCAGGCAUUGUAUGGGUGAUACUGAAAUAACUGUACUAAGGUUGGUGUCCUGUCACCAAGUCACCCUUUCUUUACUAGAGCACAGUACACGAGCUGUGACCAGCCAGCUCAGAGUCAGUCCUCAACUGAGGAGAUUCUAACCCCAAUCAAGAACCUCGUGGUUAACCAGGUCCACCUGGUUCUAAUCACGACAGAUGCUGAUGGGUUUGAAGCUACAGUGAGUUGUUCAAAAA